UUGCCAAAACAACUUUUUGAAGCUGCGCGUUUGAUUUAUUCUCUAAAUAAGUGUCUUUAACAUUAUUACAUUACGUUGAUUUUGUAGUUACUUUUAUAUCAAAACUGAGAUUAUCUACUUAGAGUAUCUAGUACAACUGAGGGGUCAAUAGGGACGAAACAUUUCAUUUCAUCGAGGUUGUAUCAUGUAUGUGAAGAGACAGUCACUCUAGGGAUAGGGUUGGCACUUUAAAUAAAAAAUAAUUUAAAUUAAUUUUCGAUGAAAUGUAUAAGAAGCUUCAAUUAAUAAGAAAUGCUUUAAAAAUUAAAAAAUAGUUCGUGGGAUCGACAUUUAUACAUCGAUUUCAGCUUUUUUUCUAACGAUUGAUCGAAGAGAGAUUUUUACAAUAAUAGCCUUUCCAUGUACUUUGUUUUCAGAUUUAUGGACUUUCCAUAAUGCCCCGUACAUAUACACCAAACCGAGAAAAAAAAUAUAAAAAAUAUGACGCAAUACUUAUAGAACAGGCAUUAAAGGAGUACAAUAGUACAAACAUGUCGUUAAAAUAUAUUUCACAAAAAUAUAACGUCUCCAAAUCAGUUCUUCAUAGACACAAUAAUGUUAGUGUGAAAAAGCAAGGAGGUCAAACAGCUUUAACCGAAAACGAAGAGGGACACCUUAUACUACAUAUAAAUAAUUGGUAUAAGGAAUGGGGACAUCCCCUUAAAAUAACAGACUUAAGAUUAUUUAUAAAGAGUUAUUUAGAUUAUUUAGGAAUAGUUAUAAAGAGAUUCAAAGAUAAUAUGCCUGGUCCUGAUUACAUACAGUACUUUUUGAAACGAAAUAAAAGCAAAAUUACUCGUAGGUCGAGCCAAAAUACAAAAGAUUCAAGAGCAGCACUUUCAUCAGAGGUGAUAAAUUCAUAUUUUGAUAAACUAAAAAUAUCACCACAAGGAAUCGAGGACAUUAAUUUGAACAGUAUUAAUUCAAGUAUAUCUGGAAAAUCUGACCCUAGGAAAAUCAUAAAAAUUAAGAAAAAGUUUACAAAAAUACCACAAAAAGUAUCUAUAGAUCAAAAAGAAAAAAAUGAUACUAGAAUUAAUGAAUUUGGUAAAGCAAUGGAUAAUGAAAAAAACCUAAGUGAGCCUUCGAAUAUUCAACCGGUGCAAGUAAAGAAAACAGAUAAUUCAAUACAUGUGAACAAAACUAAAAUGAAAGUCAUAAAAAUCAUAAAGAUGAACAAAUAUAACAACACAGAUAUAGGAAACAACAGAACACCUAUUAUGUUACUUACAAAACCGAUAUUUAAAAAACCUUUCGCUCCACCAUCAAAUCCUCAACAGCACAUUGACAAUUAUGUUGAACAAAACAAUAUUACCAUUGAUUCUAACCAAACCACUAGUAAUCAGAAUAUAGCAACAGUGCCUGUGGUUUUCGAUAACAUACUUACAGUUCAAAAAGCAGUCAAACUAUCUUCUCUUACAACAAAGGAAGAAGAAAAGAUUGAAGUGCAAGCUAAUAAAGAAAACAUUGUGAAAAAGAGAGCAAUAAUUAUAAAGCCGAUAUAUCUAAACAAAAAUAUUAAGAUUAUAUCGGUUAAAAAAGUAGCAAAUUAACAAAAUAAAUUAACUGAUGUUAUUGUAGAAAACAAUGAAGAAUAUUAUGUUAUUCAUGAACGAUAGUCUGUAUUAAUUAUAUAUAUUACAUGUUAACCGACUGAAGAUACUUUUUCAUAUUUUUGUUUGUAUCAUUUGUUUGUUAAAAGAGGAUGUUUUUAGUUAUAUAUUUUUAUUCUAUUAUAAACAGAGAUAUUUUUAUAUAAAAUGUGUCAGACACGGUGCCGUUUUGAGUGUAUUUUAAAUAUUUUUAUUAUAAAAAUUGUGAAAUAUAUUUUCAUUAAAUUCUAGUUGUAAGCCAAAGUAUUCUACCUUCAGAUAUAUCUUUACUCUAGUUCACAUCAAUACUACAUGACCAUCUAUCUAAGCAUGUGUUUUCUUCAUUUAGGCAGCCCUAACAGAUUUUUUGCAUAAUCUCAAUUACAGUAAUUGAUUAUAGCUUUUAAUUUUUUUUCUUUAAAACUUUUCUUACACCUGUUUUUCAUUCCCCACUAAGCUGUAGAUAUCCGGGAACCGCUGCGAAUAUCCUAUCUUGUUUUUAAAAUACUGUAAGUAGUUUAUUGCUACUUUAAAGUCCUACCUAAAAAUUUUUUAAAAUAACAAAAUAAUAUUUGCCUCCAGGUUUCACUUGACAUGUUAAUUAUGCUAUAAAGUGGUAGAGGAUUUAAAAUUUUGUAGUAUAAAAUAUAAACACAGUCCGUACAUAAAAAAAUAGCAUUUUAUUAAGGUUUUAUAAUGUAUUAUAAGUAUAAUAAAACAGGAAUUUCAUUAAAUAAUUUAUUUUGCAUCACAUACAUUUGCAUCUAAAGUGUUUUGCAUAAAUAAAUAGAACAUUUAAUAAUUUUAAUCUUAAAUGUAUAGUUAUGAGAAUCA